AUGAAGGAGGGCGGGCUGCCCCUGACCCCCGGCAGGCAAAGACAACAAGACGCCCGCAGCGCCCAGCUGGCUUCCCCGCCCGCCCGGCCGGAGCCGCCUCUCCCCGCGGCUGCCUGCCGCCAGGCCUCCCCCCGCAGCCCCGGCUCCGCCCCGGGGUACCGGGCCUCCCUCGCAGCGCCCCUUCCCCGGCUUACCGGCCUUCCAGCGCCGCUCCCCACAGCCUCGCCCCCCCGCGGCGGGGCGCCGCUCCCGCCGGGGGCCGCCUCACUCCGCGGCGCAGCCGGCCCGCUCAGGCGGCCGCGGCGGCAGCUGCUGCUGCUGCAUCCUUCCCCGCCCGGCUGCGGGCGGCGGCAGCGGCAACGGCGGCGCUUCCCCGCCCCCGCUCAGCCCCUGCUGCUGCUGCUGCCGCUGCUGCCGCCGCCCGGCCCCGCCGCCGCUGCCUCCAUUUCCUCCAGCCGCGGGCAGGCCUCGGCUGCGCCUACAGCCCUGCCGCCGGGAAGGAGACGAAGGCGAAGGCCGCCGCGGAGACGGCUCGGCUCCGAGGAGACGCGGCGCCUGGAGGCGGCAGGGAAGGAGGGAUGGAUGGAGGGCGGACUGCACUCUCCGCUUAGCCCCGCCUCGCCCCGGCAGGAGCGGGGCGCCUCAGCCGGCGGGCCGGGCACGACCCCCGGCCAGGAGGGCGGCACUGCCGCUGCUGUGACUGGGCCGUCACCUCGUCGUCCAGCCCCACCGCAGGCCCCGGCCGUCCCCCGGUGGCUUGCAGGUCUCCCGGGGCGGCCGGUGCUUCUCGACGCGGCCCGCAGCCAGCGCUCAGCUGGACUCGCGUAUCUACACGUGUAUGCUUGUUUUGUGGGUUGUUUGUUUGUUUGUUUCGUUGGCUUUUUGCUUUGUUUUGUUUUAACUGCUAAAAUAUCCUUGAUAGUUCUUUAACACUCGUGUUUCCGAAGAAAAAGAAGGUUGAAAAUGCGACUUUUCUGUACCUGCAGGAUUCCGGUACCCACAAAUCUCACCAAAACCAGGUUUGACACUUCUCCUGGAAGAGCGGCUUGGCCAGUCAGGAGGACCAAGUGUGGCACGGGACACGUGAGCUGCAAAAGCACAUUGAAACAUUUAAAAAAAUUAUUGUCUGUCAGUGGCAGGCUGUCUUGACUGCCCUCGGUAUGAAUUAAUACUAAAUAGUAUUUAAGCUUACCAGAAUGUUGAAAUGAGCCUCUGUCUUGGACAAGUAAUCAUCCAUACUGCAGUUUGCAUUUGAACACAUCCAGCCUAAUCACACUGAAGACACCCUCAUUUUCCUUGACCUUCCAAGCUCAUCGUAUUCAGCAGAAGCAUAAGCUUGCCCAUAUUGUCAAACUUAUGCUAUUUUUUUUCCUUUUUGCUGUUAUUUCAGGCUUUAAUCCAAUGCAAAUUACUGAGAUUAGUCUUGGUAGCACUUUUUGUCGUUCUUUUCCUCCAUAAGAGCUGACCUUAAGACAAGUCACCGGUUCAGCAUCAAGUACUUGGGAAGAAUAAAUCUUAUUUAAAUUGGCAGGAACACAGGCUUUUCCUAGUGCAGUGCCAUUAUUAGUGAAAUCACUGACCUGCUCAUGGCUGCAUUUCUGAGACAUGGCUGGUGACCACAGGAGAUCUCUUGUGGGCAAAUACCUUACUUUGCAACUGGUCAGACAAGGUAUCUCUGGCAUGUAAUGCAUUUUUUCAGGCAUGAUCUUUAUCACCAGAUUCUUUCUCUUUCUGGAACCUGAGCAAGCUAGUUUAAAUGUGGAUCUGGUUGAUAUAAGAUAGAACAUAUAGAAUACCUUGUGUCUUCUACAGUCAUUAAGAGACACUGCAGCAGUCACAAAAAUCAGGCUGAGGAAUGGAGCAAUACCAACAGGGAUGUACAACCUCAUACAGAUGCAGGAUUUACUACUAUGGUGUAAAUAUUAAUUCCUAUGAAGUGUUGCCUGUAAUAUAAUACACUAAAGUAUUAAUAUUAAUUAUUGGAUUAUUUUUAAUAUAAAAUAACUUGAGCAAGGAGUGACCUGUAAUGCGCAUGUCUAAAAUAACUGGUGUAUAGGAAAGACUGAGGUGUAUGGAGGGCUUGGGGAUGGACUUAGGGCUGAUAUCUGCCACUAAAUCAGACUGGCUGUAGUAGGGGAAAGAUCAGAUCCAUAAGCAGCAGAUGAGACUUAUUUUCAUUUGGAAAUUAAAUCCACUUUUUAUUUCAGGAUUGAAACAAGUUUUAUCUCACGAUAAGUGCCUUGGAAAUUGUUAAAUCUUUUUACAUCAUUACAUCAGAUUGCCUUCUGAGCAGGAGACAAAGUUUAGACUGAGGUAAGCAGGUCAUUAGCUGAACCAUCUGGUUUACCUUAUAUUCUUGAGACAGUCUGAGCUGAAAGUUCAAAAGGGAAAACAGCUUUGUGGCAUUUAUUAAUAGCAAUGAGCUGAACAUGUUGCCAGUCCUGAGCUAGAGUAGCUAAGAACUACAUUUAAUUAUCAAAUAAAUGUCAAUUAAAAUUGAACCACAUAAUUCAAAAUUAUUUGUAUAAGUCAUAAAAUGAGUGCAGCCAACAAGCAAAUAAGUCAAUUCUUUAAACAAAAAUCAGAAAUAACAAUUGAGUUUUAAGACCCAGUUAUGGAUAUUGUCCAAAGCAGUGAAAUUAAGACAAUUCACUGCAUCAAUUAGUAUUCAAAACAAGUUACUUUACUUUAAAGUAACGUGCUACUAUUUUUUAACCAUCCCCUUUCCCCAUGCCCUGAAUCAUACAGCCGGAUUUACCAACUUUAAUUUCUCUCUGUGGCUGGCAGAGUCAAACUGGCAAGCAGCUGAGUCUUACAUUCUGCUGUUUGAUCCACCAAAGGACAAAUUAAUUUCAUGCUAUUUCCAGGUGACAAAGUUGCUGUCACACUGCACAUACAGUGCUUCUCAUUGCAUCUGUGACUUAGGCUCCAGUGAGGGCAACCUGCAUGUGCCUUUGCUGUGCUGUGCAAUAUCGGCAACACACAGAGCACCAGACCUGCUCUGGGCACAGAUUAAGAAGUAAGGCAGGUUUUAAAGGCUUUUUUUGGUCAUUGUUUCUCAAAAGGGAGUAUUGGAUGGAGGCAGCUGAGCUAAAACUUUACUUUGACAGUGUCUGAGAUCACGCUCUCCGAUGUUAAAGAAAUACGUAAGGACAGUGUGCUAAGCAGAGGACACAAUUCCUGACUGAUCUGGUACCAUCAAGGGUCGGGAGAGCUGUUGUCUUCUGCUUGAUUAUCACCCUAUUAGAAAACUGACCAGUUUGGGGGCAGACAGAAACACCUGGGGGACUAAUGAGGAGUGACUUGGGUCAUAGGAGUGUGAGAAGAGAAAAAGAGAGGUGGAGGAAGGCACAGGCACAGAUCCUGAGUCCCAUUUGCUAAUGAAUGUGGGUAGGAUCAUCAUGUUUUACAUUAAGUGGAACAGCUUUCAGAGGGACAUUGAGUGACUCAAAUAAUUUAUAAUAUAUUGGUUGGGGCUGACUCUUGGGAGGUGGCAGAUGUGGUAUCUAUCGGGAGGAAUUUGAACAUUUUUUCCCAUAUCACAGGAGCCCAAUAAUUAACUAGGAACAGCACCACUCUUGUGAAGGCAAGAAAAAAAUGUAUAUGCCAGAAGUUCUUGGGGAUUUAAGUCUAGAAGGGUAUCCUAAAAUGACAGGCAUCACUCUACAUUGCGAACUUCAGGAAGGCAAGUCUGUGAGAGCUGGGACUUAACUUCACAGCCCUUCUUGGCAUGUCCUCUCAUCCAAGGCAAUGCAAGGGCAGCUGUGCUCCAGCCACAGGAGUCACUCCCCAUGGCCCCAUGCAUCCUGCACGGUGCAGCCCCUUCAUCUUACCUCAGUGUAUGGUCCUCAACCAAGAGUAAUUUAAUAUUUAUGUUUGUUUUAAGUGGAAAUUAAAAGCCUUUUUUUUUUUUUUUUUCCCAGAAUUUUGAGCCCAGCCUGUACUUUCCUUGAUUCUUUAUUUAAAAAAGAAAAAGAGAAACACAAGUUGGAAAUUUCUCAUGUUUUCAGGGGAUUAUUCUGCUGCCUUCUCAAAUGUGAGCUGUUAAUGAUGUUAUCGUGUGUGCUUGGCCUGACUGUGCAUGUUCACAUGCUAAAAUAUUAAAAGAAAAAAAAGGGCCAGGAACUUCCCCGGUCAACAUAUAGACAGAAAUAGGCAUAGAAAGAAAUGCUAAGAGGAAGAAAUUGGAUUGUUUCAAAGAAGUUGGCUUUCAGAGUUGCAACUUAGAGGUCAAGAGGAUUCUUUAGCCGCUGAAACUUAUGUUGAAUUUUCUUGCUGUUGAAAAAUCUAGAUGUCAGGCCCACAAGAUAUUCUAGUUUUACCUUGAUUUUUUGUGGUCAAUUUUUAUUUCCUUCAGCUUAAUGUUUCCCAGGAUAUUAGUGCAUAUCCAGUAUUGGGCUGAAACUAAAAUCUUGUUCUCACUAAGGUGAGAACACAUGCAAGAUUGUCUAUUUGAAAGGUCCCAUUUUUAAAAUGAAUGUAUUUUAACCAGUUAUGGCAACCACCACCAAGGAGAGCCCUGAAAAUAUGAGGGACUGGGUAAAUAUAGGAAGUUUUAUGACACAUCUUGCAGCCUCACUACAAGAAAAAGGCUUGAGAGCAUGAUUUCAACAUUUAAUAUGAAGCUUUGACACCUCUUCAAGUAUAACUGAUGGUCAUCAACCAAAUUCUCCGUUUAUUCAGCUCACCCUAACAGCAGCUGAUGUUUUGGAACUGCGUGUCCACCAACCAUUCAUCAAACCUUAUAUCAGGACCAGCCAUGACAGAUCAACCAUGAGAAGCAUCAUGGCUUCUCCCCAGGAAUUUCUUUGUCUAAAAAGAGUGAGAAUGAUUUUACAUCUUCUUGCUAUGUAUUCAACUUAAAUGAAAGAAGGUCAAUGAGAUGAAAUGUCUGUUCACAAUCACUCACAAGUAUUAGAAUACACUCAGUUACAAAGCACACAGUUAAAUGAAGAAGUUGCUGUUGAUAUUGCAAUUGGUAUUUGAUAAAUAGCAAUAUUGAAGGUACCAGUUUUGUACUUCAAACAAAUAAAAAGUCAUUGUUGUUUAAUGUAUUAGGCUAUGCUUUAUAUCCAUCACUGUAGUGUUCAAAAAAGUAUCAGGAUCUGUUUUUUUCAGCUGGUGUUGCUCUAAAUAGCAAAAUCUACAGUUGAGCUCAAAAUUAUGAAAUGAAUGAAAAAAUAACCAAGCCAAGCAAAGACAUGGUUUUCAAAUGUGAACUAAGUAUUACCAUGAAAAGUGGAUAUUUUAGUGCUCCAGGAUACCAUCUCGGAGCACAGAUCCUGUUGACACUGACUCUGUUCUUAGUUCCUUUAUAAAUACUGUAGAUAACCCAGAUCAGCUGUAGUAAGCGUUCCUCCUCUUGCAAUCUAAUAUCAUAAAUUCUUAUUGAAUACAAUAUUUUUUGACCAUUCAGAGCCAAACCUUUCCCUUUCUUAGACUGUCAGUUGUUGGUGCAGGGCACUAGGUCCUCUGUUCAUCUUCAAGCCCUGCUGACAAGAAUCUUACUAAAUCACAACUAUGUCUUUUUUUAGCAUGAGGGACACCCCAGCCCUGCAUUUGGAAGCAUUGCACCAUUUAGGCAUGUUUCCCCAGCAACACUGUCUUUAUUUUAAGUUGUAUCUUCAGGAAAGAAGGAGGCUGCCAUGCAUCCACCUACUUACGAUUCCCUCUAGACAUUCGAUCCUUUUAUUUUUGACAUAAUUUAACUAGUAAGCUUUCCACAGUUUGAAAAAAAGCACCAGAGCAGUCAGCAUGUGCUUUGUUGUAACAUCCUUAUUUCCUAAUUUACAUGCAGCUUCCUCAAGCACUCACUUCAUUAAGGAAACCAUUUAACUGAGCAGUGACUUGUUGAUAUUAUAUUAAUAUUAUAUUAUAAAUAAAGCAGAUUAUUUUGUUCUCCACAAAUUACAGCAAUAGACUGGGCUUCAUUCUCUUGGAUGGUGGUAGAUUGUGCCUAUGGCUGUUGUUGUCUAAGCACAUGCCUGUUACAGAAUGUAUUGGCUCAUGUCAAUUCUGCUGUUCCCUCAAUGAUAUUGACCGAAUUAGAAUAGGGAAAAUUCAUUCUGGCUGUUUUCUCCAAACUGGAGGUGGGGAGGUCUGCUCGAUUGCUUCUUUCUUUGUUUUAUUGUCACACUGUAGUCAGUUUGAGGUUAACCUCAAGCCAGUGCAUGCAGAUUUCAUCUUAUCCAUCUCCUUCUUCUGUCAGGAAAAAUCCCUUUUCUUCACUAGGAUUUUAUGACUGAACAAGUGAAGCACAUUAUUGAUUGAGUGGAGAAAACGCCUAUUUUUAAGUACUUAAAAAUGCUUAUUAAUAGUAGCUUGAUAUUGAAGUUACUUCGGCACUACCUUUCAGAUUUGCAAGGAAGAUCAUGUACUGUAGCAGCAUCAUUGUUACGUGCCAAAAACUCAGCAAAUGACUAGAACCUGCCAGGCUACCCUGUAAAGUGAAAUGUAACUUUUUAAUGUAAACCCAGCUGAAAUUGUAUGUACAAAUAUGUUUCUUGGCUAGAACACAGGACAUUUAAAAAUGUGUUUCGACUGAUAGCUUGGAUUUUGGAAAUAUAUCUCUAGAAUUUGUUUUUGAAAUUUUAUGAUGCAUCAUGAAGUUUUAAUAUAGCCUUAAUUGGGUUAUUUAAUGUUGUACUCAUAUAUCUCACUGCAUUUCACCAUAGAUUAAUUGGAUUUUAAUUUUACAGCUGUUAAGGAAGUUUGUUUUCCCUAGGUUUCCCUAUGCAGAGACUCAGGCAUGGAUUCCAGAAAUUCUUCUUGAAUAAUAAUUUAUUUGGAAGGUAUAGCACAGAGCAGCUUGAGCUGCGUACCUCCUGAAAAUGGAGAAGAAAACCUUGGACAAUUACACCCCCGCAAUCCAAUCCCCCAUGCCCCACACAUCUCUCUGGGCCAGUUGCAAAAGCAGAAUCGGGGGUCUCCCUCUUCUUCAUCGGAUCUCUUCGUUUUAAUGAGGUGAGCCAUCAGUCAAAGUCCUGACCUUCAGUUGCCAUUUUGCAUCUGCAGCUGAAGAAAAAUAAGUUUUGGCAAUAACCAAAACAUUCUUCUCUUUCUGGUCUUCUUUUAGAGACCAUUCUGUUCCUUAUCUCCAGGGAUGCAGCUUCCCUUGCCUAGUAGCUUGAAGACUCUGAGGCCUUCUUUAUUAUACUUAGCAAAGCAGAAAGUUCAAAAGUUCACAGCUUGCAGAAGUUAUGCUAAGCAAACUUAUUUAUGCUGAGUUCUAUAUAAGCAUUUUCUAAACAAGUUCUACAAGAACCAGUAUACCAAGUGAUUCAAUAAGCUAAGGCCAUUGAUUCCCUAACACAGGUCUCCUCACUCUUCCAUUGUUAUUCUAUGAUUAGACAGUCUUCUUUAGACACUGUAUUGCUGUCCAGGAAUAUGACAACUUUGUCAACAGAAAGAAGAAGAAAAUUUAAAUUGCAUGCAAUUGAUUCUCUUGUCCCAGGGCUAU